AUGGUUAGAUUGCCAGAGAAGUAUGACUUGGAAAGAACAAAAAAUAUUUUGGAUGGCAGUAUUCGGUUUUGUAAGUUUGAAUUAGAGUAUCAAUCAAGUGCAACUACCAUGUCUAGUGAGUCCCCAAUUGAGCCAUUCGAUUUGGAGGAUGAUAUCCAUGACUUACAGCAAAAGAACAUAAUCAAAUUUCCACAGAAUAUAAAUUUAUUUAAUUUCUUCGAAUAUACCAUGUUCCCUACUUUGGUAUAUACUUUGAAUUUCCCACGUACACGCAGGAUCAGAUGGUUGUAUGUUUUAGAAAAGACUUGCGGCGUCUUUGGAAUUAUAUUUCUUAUGAUUCUUGUGGCCCAGAAUUGGAUAUAUCCGAUUUUGCAGCGUGCCAUGGCUUUACUGUACUUGCCUACUGAGGAAAAACGGAUCCGUGUCAUGUCUAUUUUUCUUGACAUGCUUCCUCCAUUUCUCCUAAUUUAUAUUCUCAAUUUCUUUUUGAUUUGGGACGCAAUUCUAAAUGCUAUUGCUGAGUUGAGUAGAUUUGCAGAUAGAGAUUUCUAUGGACCAUGGUGGUCGAGUGCCGACUGGGCAGAAUACUCCAGAAUCUGGAAUCGUCCUGUGCAUAAAUUCUUACUCCGUCAUGUGUAUCAUUCAUCCAUUAGUUCAUUUAACCUCAGCAGAUAUAAGGCUAUGUUAUGCACAUUUGUUUUCUCGAGUUUAGUGCACGAAUUAGUUAUGUAUGUUAUCUUCAAGCGUUUUAGAGGCUAUAUAACAUUGUUGCAAUUGUCUCAGAUUCCUCACAUCGCCUUGAGUAGCACAAAUUUUAUGAAAGAGAGAAGGAGAUUUGGUAACUUCAAUUCCUUGUUCGGUUUAGUUUUGGCUCCAGGCCUUGUCUGUACCCUUUAUCUAGUAUUUUAA